ACCUUUACAUUAGGCAAGAUAGAUGCUGGGAUGUGCGUUCUCAUCGGCCCCAACGCGCAUCUACUGGAAUUCCCCUCCCUCCUACUCCCCACGCCCGGCCACAAUUCCCCGCCCCUCGGCCCCGGCUCUAUCCUCACCAUCACCGUUUCGCGCGACCUGGAAGCUGAGGCUCUCGCCGAACGGUCUUUCCUCGCUCUCCAGCAGUCCAUACUCGACACCUAUACUCUUUCCCCUACCGCGCCCAGACUCAAAGUCCGGAGCGUAACCCAGACGUCGGUCGUUCUGGACUGGGACAAGAUUGAUGUGGGAAGCGCAGACUUCAGGGCGUUGGAGAUGUGGAAGAAUGGGCAGCGGAUAGGACGCGUAGGCGGCGAGUACGGGAAGAAGGACAAGGAGAAGCGCGAGUGGAAGACGGGCGGUCUACAGGUCGGGGAGGAAUUCACAUUCCACCUUGUCCUGAAGACGACGGCGGGGACGCUCGCGUCGAGCAAAAUUAAAGUCAAGACGCAUACGAUGGACAAUCUCACGGGGAUCAAUAUCUACUUUGGUCCCAUACAGCCCGAAAGUCUUCUGCAGCAGCUUCGGAGCUGUCUGUCGGAGAUUGGCGCAAAGGAGAGCAAGAAGCUGGAGAUUGAUACGACGCACUUUGUGUGCACAACGCCGCUGGUCGGUGGGGAUGAUCAGGGGCGGGGCGGAGCGGUCAGCAGGGAGUAUGCAGAGGCGGUACAAGCGAAUCUGCCGGUAGUGGGGCCGGGGUGGCUCAUGGCUGUCGCGGGCGAGCGAAAACUCGUACCCAUCUCCUCCCAUCUCCUACCGCCCAUGCCGACCAAUGUCCCCAUCGCCGACCCCGCACCAUUCAAGCGGCCGGAACCUCUCAAACGCGCUUCCCUCCCAUUUACGUCCUCCGUCCCCGGCAGUCCUAUCCAAGAACAGCCGCCCCGCUCCCCUAGUCCCGAAACCAUUGCCCGGAUGAGCUACACCCAGGGCAUCUCUUCCGGGAGUAAGGAGCGACGGAGGAGUAGGGAGUCGACAUACCCGCUCGAUUCGGCUCUGGUGAGACCAAAGAGCCCCAAGCCUGAGGCAGAUGGCAAGCUGGACCGAGGCUUUGUCUUCCCGGUGGUCUCGCCUACAACGCCCACUUCUGCAAAUGGCGGAUCGAGCUCGGCAGGGACGGACAUGCCUGUGUCGGUCUCGUCGACCGGGACAGAGGAAGUCCUUGCCCGCGCUCCCCUCAUCAGCGAGCCAGAAGCAGUGGAGGACAAGGACUCGUCUUCUGCUCCGCCUGCACAGGAACUUCCUCCUUCCCAGCGAGCCAAGGCCAACGAGCCCAGCGGCGGCGGCGCUAUCCCCGUCAACAUCCCCUCAUCCACUGCCACGGAUUCUGAUACGGCAUCCAAAGCUGAGCCCGCCUCCAUCUCACCCACGGUCGAGUCAAAAGCUCCAAGAGCGUCGACUAUCGACGAAGCCAUUUCCAACUUCCACGACGCAGUCGUCACCCCCCAG